GAGCUGCUGCCGGGCUUGGUUCCUGCUUUCUCGUGCUGUGUCAGCAGCAGCGCGGGCCGGGGUGGGCAGAGGCCCUGCCAGGGGGGGAGCUGAUUCUUGGGAAACCUUCGCACAAACGGCCUCAAAUCUGGACCAGUGACAUGACCCGGGAUCCCCGUGAGGCCCAGCGAUUUUCACAUCAAUCCAAGUUGAGGACGGGCGGCGCUUGGAGAGAUCGUGGGUCACGGAGCCACGUGGGGGGCAGCAGCCGGUGCUCGGCGGGACAGAUACUGCCCGAGCUUGUCCCUCACAUGAUCUGGAGCUUCACAACAAGAUGACCUCCAAUUGCAACAACAGCAGCAGCUUGACAGACCCGGUCUUUGUGGGGCUCUACACCCUCAUCUUCACGCUGGGGCUGGUGCUCAACCUGGCCGCGCUCUACAUCUUCUUCCGCUGCAGCAGCAUCCGCUCCCUCACCACCGUCUACAUGAAGAACCUGGCCGUCUCCGACCUGCUGCUGGUGGUGUCCCUGCCCGUCCGGAUCUAUUACUAUAGCCGGCGGCCCUGCCUGGGGGACCAGGUCUGCGAGAUCACGGGGCUGCUGCUGCUGGUCAACAUGUACGGGAGCAUCUUCCUGCUGACCUGCAUCAGCUGGGACCGCUGCAUGGCCGUCUGCUUCCCCAUGCACCCCCGGGUCAAGGCGCUGCGCAAACAGGCCAAGUAUAUCUGCCUGGGCGUCUGGCUGCUGAGCUGUGCCGGCACCGUGCCCACCUAUUUCACCCAGGCUAAGGGAGAACGGAUGGAACACUGCUUUGACAACAAGCCCAAGUACGUCACCCAGCCCAGCGUGUCCUCGGCCAUGGCGCUGUGCUUCGUCCUGCCGCUGCUGGUCAUGGUGGUCUGCUCCUGGGCCCUGCUCCGAGCCAUCCGCCGCAGCGCGGCCGCCCAGAUGGAGCUGGUGAACAGCGCCAAGAUCCGCAGCAUGAUCGUGGCCAACGUCACCAUCUUCCUGGGCUGCUUCCUGCCUUUCCACCUGGUGCUGAUCUGCUACCAGGUGGAAGCCCUGCGGGGUGAGAUGCUGGAGUUUUCCUACCGCUGCACCUUGCUGGUGGCCUCCGCCAACGCCGCCCUGGACCCGCUGGCCUAUUAUUUUGCCACCGAGACCUUCCAGCGCAUGGUGGUGAUGGACAAUCUGCGCAAGGCCUGGGGCUUUCACACCGACAGCGCCGAGGGGCAGAGCCGCUCCCAGACGGCGCUCAGGCAGUGCAUCUACUUGCAGAACAUCAUGGCCGUGCCUAACAGCACCCCACUGGUGGGCAGCCCCAGCUGGGAGCCCAGGAGCUAACGGGCCCUGGGACUGGGCUGCCCUCGCCACACAGGGUCCCCUGGGCAGGGCACAGGACAGUGGGACGUGCAUGAGCAGGGCUGGAAGCAAGGGAGGAGGGCAGUUUGGUAUGUGGGCGUCGCAGGUUGGGUUUGUGCUGGGACGAGGGGUGUCGCUGGCUUGAGUUACGAUGGGCACUGGGACGUUGCAGGCUGCGUUUGCGCCAGGCGCUGGGACAGGGGCAUCGCGGGCUCAGGGUGUGCUGGGCACUGGUGUAACCCACACACCUCCUGGGCAUGGUGCUCUGUCCCGUCUAGUGGCACCAAGACCGCCUAGAGGUUAAUGAGUCUGCUACAGCUUUAGCGAACAGCCAGCUGGCUUUUAGCUCAUGCAGUAGAGGCUCCAGCACUAAGCUUCAGAGGUCCCAGGUUCGAUCCCACCCGCUGCCGACCGGGGUCUGUCAGCGUUACGCUGGGUUUGCACCGGGCGCUGGGCUCGGGUAGCACUGGGAGCUGGCGGUGGCAGUCCCUCGGCUAGGGAGACGUAGCGCUCAGAGCCUUGCCUGGGUCCCAUCUUGGUCUCAUCCGUGGGAGGUGUUAGAAUCAGCAACGGCCCAGCUGUGAACUGUCACCUUGAGCUGCCCGGGGCUCGCAGCCCCAUCUCCUC